GCAUGCGCUCUUGCCGUAUUUCCUUGGUGCUGGGUAAAUGGCGGGGGAGCGAUGGAUUUUCACCAAUUCGCAACUUUUGGAUACCCCCAGCCGAAAAUGUGGGAUAGAUAACGACAAAGAACUGGCAUACAGACAACAAGCUGCCAACCUGAUCCAGGAAAUGGGACAGAGCCUCAUAGUAACCCAGCUAUGCAUCAACACAGCCAUAGUGUACAUGCAUCGGUUCUACAUGUUCCAUUCCUUCUCCAGGUUCCAUCGCAACUCCAUGGCGCCUGUUUGUCUGUUUCUUGCCGCCAAAGUAGAAGAACAACCUAGAAAACUGGAACAUGUUCUCAAACUAGUCCACAAGUCUCUGCACAAAGAUGGCCCCUUUGAUGCCAAAAGUGAUGACUACCUACAACAAGCACACGAACUGGUUGUGAAUGAAAACAUUCUCCUUCAGACCUUGGGUUUUGACCUGACUGUAGACCACCCCCACACCCAUGUGGUCAAGACAUGUCAGCUGGUCAGAGCCACCAAGGAUCUCGCCCAGACGUCCUACUUCCUGGCAACUAACAGCCUUCAUUUGACCACCAUGUGUCUGCAGUAUAAGCCAACUGUGGUAGCCUGUGCCUGUGUUCAUCUAGCCUGCAAGUGGUCCAGCUGGGAGAUACCUCGGUCAAGCGAAGGCAAAGAUUGGCAUUGGUACCUGGACAAAAAUGUCACUGUCAAGUUACUUGAAGAUAUGUCCCAGGAAUUUCUCAAUAUACUUGACAAGUGCCCAAGCAAGCUCAGAAAAAAAAUACUGACGUGGAAGUCUGGAAAGGACCGACCAGAGGAGUAUGACCCUGAAAAGAAGAAAUUACGUGAGCAGGCUGCUCAACAAGCAGCAAGAGACGCUGCCUCGGCUAAGUCAGCAUCAUCAUCAUCAUCAUCAUCCCAUCACCAUUCACAGACAAACCAUGACCGGAAAGGAGAUAAAUCUCACCACAUCAAGUCUGAAGCAUCGUCACAUGGUAGUUCAAAACAUCAUACUGAUCCAGGUGGUACAGCACCGAGUAGCCACCACCACCAGCGUUCCCAUACAGAUUCUGCUGCAUCAAAACCCAACCCUGCUCUGACUAGUACGGAUUCUAACAAACAUAGCUCAGACCCCUCACAUUUGGGGACUGUACCAAAUCCGUCCAUUUCUGCUGCUGCUGCUGCUGCUGUUACAACAGCAGUCACCACUAGUACCACAAAAACAACACUCAAGGAAUACUGGGAGAAACAGAGAGAAAAAGAGAAACGUGAGGCUGCAGCUGUAGCUGAGAGAAUAAAGCGUGAGCCUCAGGAAAGUAGUGAGGAGCGAAAAGUUCCCUCUGUUAAAGUAGAAGUAGGUCAGCAUACUGGAGCAGAGAAAACAAAACAUCACCAUCACAGGGACCACCGGGAACAUCACAGAGACCAGCAUAGACAACAGCGAGAUCUUGAAAAAUUAUCCGAGACUAAAAUCAAAAUUAAGUCCGAACCUGGUCUUACUCACCACAAGGUAACAAACGAAAGUUCUUCUCCUCUAAAACUAAAAAUAAAAAUGCCAAAGGACCAACCAAGUCAUGGGGACAAGAAGCAUUCUUCUUCCCAGUCGACAUCUCAAUCAGAACAAAAAGUGCCACCAUUGAAGAUCUCUUCAGGCUCAUCUAGGCACCGUGGUGAGUCACAUCACAAGUCGCACAAAUCUUCACGGCACUCAAGUAGUCACUCGGAACAAAGUUCAAGUAUGAACCAUACUGGUGACAGUGGAAGUCACCACAGUGGGACCAACGGCCGCUCUGACCUCAAGCUCCACAUAAAUAUGAACACAAUGUCAUCAUCGUCGAGUAAGUCUGGCCGUGAGGGUAAAGGGGAAAAGCAUCGGGACAAAAAUUCUCGGUCUUCAUCCCAUGACUCUGCCAAAUCUGCCUCUUCCUCGUCUUCACACAGCCAUUCAGGUCACCCAUGGACAAUGUCAGAAUUAAUGGCAACACCAGCAGCGUCAAAUUCAAUGCCUUCUUCAUCAUCGCGGAAACGACCUCAUAGUCCAGCAACAGACCAUUUAAAUGAUAUACAUAAGAACAAAGUGUCUAAAUCGGAAACUAGCCUGCGCAGGUCAUCUUCUAACCACUCUGUUGUUAGUAUGGAUUUGUCUGACACAGGGUCACUGACUGGUGGGGAUGUGUUCAACACGGAAACAAAUAUUGCACUGCGUGGACUUGAAGGUGGUAGUCGCAACAACUCGCCAUUGAUUGACACCAGUAAAGAAAAGUUAGACAUGCGAAUACAGGAAUUACAACAGGUCAUUGACUUACAAAAGGCUCAAAUAGCAUUACAACAGACCCCCAUCAACCCUCAGGCGCCGCCCCCGCCACCCGCCCCCUCACUCACAUCACAGUUUACAGAUAUGCCAAUGCAGUCCUUGUUUGACAUGGACUUCCUUUCGGACGAUGCCUUGCCCCCUCUACCUGGUGACAUUACAGAGAAACCUCCAACACCGCCACACUUUUGACUUAGGCCAUAUAUUAGGCACAUUUCAUUUUAACAUUGUAACAAUUAAAAAAUAAGAAUAGGAAAAUUUCUUCCAGUAUCAAUAUUCCUCAUGUUUUUAUGAAUUGCAAAAUUACUGCAAUGUAUAAUUCUUGUUUUGAAUGCAAGUAUGUAUAUUUGUUUUCUAAGACUAUUUCAGUUCUUAAUAUUGAUCAAUAUCAAUAUUGAUGAUCUCUUAUUAAUGAUUUCAGAAAUUUUAUUUUCAUAUGAAAAUGUCAAGAAAUCUUGAGAUGUAUUUGCAAGUAAAUGUGCAGCUGUCAAUUAGAUAUUUAUAACUGGUUUUAUUUUGAUUAGAAGUGUAUAGGCUGUUCACACAAAAAUUGUAAAAUAUAGUAGAUUCCACUUAAUCAUCUAUCAAGUUUAUAUAUGCAUAAAAUAUCCCAACACAAAACCACUUUCCAUGUAAAUAACUAGAAUAAACCCAUUAACCUAUAUGCAUUAUAAAUUUACAGGUAAACAUGUUCAAACUAUUUUAACAGUUUCAGCAAACAUAUCAUGUCAUUGUUUGUAGACAUUCAUGAGCCAACACUGGAAAUUGUUCAUCGGUGUAUCCCAGCACCGAGAUGGGAAUAAUUUUAUAUAUUUGAUUGUUGACAGAUAAAGCAUGAAACAACUAUUUGGUUAUCGGUAAUUUUAAAAGGUGGCCAGGCAUACUACCUUUUUCUAUAAUUUGGUUAAUAUGCGUCAAGUUUUCUGAUUAGUUUGCUAUACUAUUAAGUGGAAUCUAUUGUAAAAUUUUAAUUUACUGUAGUCUGGUGGUCAGUGUUAUUUUUGUUAAACCAAAGAUAUGAAAUUCUCCCCUUAAUACCAUUGAUAGGUCAAUUCAAGUAUCGGUAGACCUUCUGUGAUUAAUAUAUGUAGUAGGAAAGUUUGAUCAAAGCACAGUAGUUUUUUGUUUUUUUUUACUAAAGCUUGUAACCAUUUACAUCUGCAUUUUUUUUCAAUUAAUGAAGUCACAGAUUCAUUAUUAAUUAUGGCCAUGGGCAUUAAAAAAACACAGUCUGUCUGAUGUUAACCAGACAUUUUUACUUGUAUUGAAGGAAAAUGUUGAAAAGUUGUGUGAUUAUAUUUCAAUUCUGACUUUGGGCUUUUCCAUUUAAACAUGUAUUGGAAUGAGAAAAGGCACUCAAUCAUAAAACAUAUCUUGUCCUACACUGCUGGUUAUACUGUUAAAUUAAUUCAGUGAGUGGAUGUAACUUGAAUGAAAGCUGUUCCAUUUCUGUGAAAAUACAUAAAUUGCAGGCUUAAGCCAAGGACUAUUCUUUAGAGAGAUUACAGACUUACCCUGUCAUCAAUGUUGAGUUGAUUAAAAGUUUUGGCACAAGUGAUUAAAAUCGGUAAUAUAAACUUUGUACAAGAAUGCUGAUAUUGGCAAGUACGUUUUCCACCGUGCCAUCCGAAAGGCUGACCUUGAGGCCUAUGGUGAUGAUAGUUGGCCCAUAGCAUGCUGGGAUGAAGGGCGAUCAAAUAAAUGAUCUUUUCAAAGCCACAGGGUUCAAAUAUGCUCAAACUAUCAGGGCCUAUCUCUUGGGGGAAAUAAAUAUUUCUACCAAAAUAGUGAUAUUUGGGGUCAAAUAUUUUUGUAUAAAAGUGAAAACAUAAUUAAUAUUUAACAUGAAUUUUUACCUGUUUUAAAUAUCUUCUAAUAGGCAAGCUUUACUGUUCUCCAUCAGAUCUCGUUUAUAUUCUUAUAAUCAGAUUUCUUAUUUUGCUACGUUGCUUUUCAUUUAUCUUGAUAUUAAUGGCACAGAAUAUUGGGGCACUUUUGCGUUGUGACUUGAUUUAUUUUUUAUCCCAUUUUCAACAAGGAGUCUGAGUGUGCUUCACUGCCUGGUGGGAUCAAAUUCUCACUAGAUUGUGACUAAAUACUCCAUGUCUGAAAAAUAAAUUCCAUUAGUUGACAGACUCCACUGAAAAUAUCUUUCCGAAGUUGCAUCCAUAGAUAACAUCCACCUUUUUAAAAAUGUUUUACUGGACAAGUACUUAAGAUUUUGUAUUGAGAAAGGAUGGAUAAAAGAAAUUAAUUAAAUUGUGUUCUCAACAGCACAAGUUAAAAGUGAUUUCCAAUUCCAUCUUAUUAAAAUGUCAUUACAAUUCUCUGUUGUUACAGCUUGUUUGAACCAGAGGUUUUCAAAUAUUUAUUUUCAAUUAUAUGUACAUGUAGUUAGAUCAGUUUUAUCAGAUUUUGUAUUUGUCAAUAAGUAAUCAGCCUUUAAAAACUCUGACAUUUUAAUACUACAUGUGCAUGCAACUUUUACCUCAAAAUUAGUCCUGAGUAAAUGAGAUCUGAUUCAUCUUCUUAUCCCAUCCAAAUUGCGUUUUGAAACCAUCAUUACUGUUAAACUGGUGAAUUUUGGUGGAUGAAAAUGUCUGGAUGACACAUACUUCUUCUGAAUAUAAAAAACAAAAACUUUGGCUACAUCAUGAUGCCUUAAAAAUAGUUUCUGCUAUAAAUCCUAACUUUGAACACCCCCUACCCCACACACCCAAUUUGGUUUUCCAAAACCACAUAAUGAAAAGAAACCCUGAUAGAUAGGACCUGCUGGCCCAAUUUUCCUAUUCUGGCCAGUUUGUUUAUAUUAGACAAUGUCAAAAAUUUCUUCUGGCCUUUUCCAGGG